AGUCAUCUUCCAAAAUAAUUAGUGUAAUUCUCAAUUUUCAGCGUCUCCCUCUCUCUCUCUGCGUCUGCAGAAGAGCUCUCUCGAUCUGGAUAGACGAUUCUGCUCUGCAACGAUCAGACCAAAACGAAAGAGAAAAUGUCGGACUGCUACCUUCCUCCAGAAGUGCUCACGGACGUCCUACUGAGGCUUCCCGUCAAGACCCUGUUGCGAUGCAGGACCGUAUGCAAGGACUGGUACGCUCUAAUCAGAAACCCUAAUUUCAUUUCUCAACACCUCGAGAAAACCUUAGCCACUCCUCCUCCUCCUUACGCACUCGUUAGGUACUGCACCGAGGACUCCAACCAACCUUCUUCUCACCUCGUAGAGCAUUACACUGUCCGAUUCGACCACGACAACACUUCUUUCGAUGAGUACACAGAACCCUCUUUCCCGUUCAAGAGCUUGGGCUCUUGUUUCGAAGUCGUAGGCAGUUGCAACGGUUUGGUCUGUCUCUUUGACGGCGUGUCACGAGACGAGUCGGAUCAGUUGCUUAUAUGGAACCCUUUGGUUGGAAAAAGCGUGGUGGUUCCUGUACCGAGGGACAGAAGCGACAGCUUUAGCUUUAGCGCUGGACAUUGUUGCAAUUUAGGGUUUGAGUACGAUGAGUUGAGAAAUGAUUACAAGGUGGUUGGGAUUAUGUCACUAGAAGUCCAAGGGCAGCCCUGGGCUGGGGUUUACUCUCUCAACUCCGGCAUUUGGCGAGAGAUUAGUACUAAGGGCAUUCGGAUAGGUCCCCCCUUCGACGACCCAGUUGCCUAUUUGAAUGGGGUUGCGCAUUGGUAUGCAUGCGAUAGGAGCAAACCGUUGGAAGACACCAAGCGUUCCUGCAUUACGACGUUUGGGUUUGAGGAUGAGGAGUUUGGUGAGUUGACGUUACCGGAGUUUGGUGUGGUAAGUGGGGCCAUGAUGAGGUUGCAGGACUCGCUUAGUUUAAUCGACAUUGCUCCAUACCCCGAAGAUAGUAAUAAUUUCAUUUGGUGGGUUUGGUUGAUGAAAGAGUACGGUGUGGGAGAGUCUUGGACUUUGCUGUACAGAGUUCACACUGGUGACGCGUUGCAUGGUUUGGUUGGCUUUAGAAUGAAUGGUGACCUUGUCAUGGCGACUGACGAGGGAUCCUUUGUUACCUAUGACCCUGAAAGCGAACAGGUCAAGGAUCUUGGAAUCCACGGCAUUGAAGAACAAGAAGGACAGUCCAUCGAUUCACUUUACAUGGGGAGAUACGUGGAGAGCCUUGUUUUGCUCGACAGGACUCCUGUACCUACAUGAGGAGUGCAGCACACAGAUCAUCCAAGAAGUUGGAUAGGUUUGUUAUGGUUGCACUGUAGACUGUGGAACAUCCAAGAAGACCUGUCGUUAAGGCCCUCAAUGAAGAAGGUUAUAGAGAUGCUGGAAGGAGUUACUGUCCCUCUGUGUCCCUCUCCAUUCACUAAUUUAGGCUGAAUCUGCCUUCUGUUGCGUCACCUAAUGUAGUUUAUUGUCAUGCCAGUAUUUGCUUGCCUAUCUUCCCUCUGGCUACUCGUUUCUUGUUCUUCAUUUUGUUUGUGCAGGAUUUCCUUUCAAUCUUAUGUUUCUUGUUUCUGCUAGGAUUCACUAAAAGAUGGUAAUGUUUGAUAUUUCAGUUGUAUGUGGUUCUAGUAAUGCUAUGUAUUCUAUGUCUUUGAGUCUUUCAUGUGCAAUGUGGUUUGAUUAUUAGCCUAUAAGGUUUGGCAUAAGUUACCAUUUUUAGACUUCUGUUGAGCCGUCAAAUUGUACUGCUACUAAUGAAUGCUGGUUUUUUCUUUCACUAUGAGGCUUCAAAUUGAAGGGAUGCAUGGGAAUAUUGCUAUUACACUGCUCCAUGUUGGGGCUGCAUACAAAUGAAAAGGCACACUCUUACAAUUACAUGAACAAUUGGAAGGAAAUAAAGAGCAAUGACUUGAAUUAUGUAGGGUGGAACAAACUUGCAUAUGUGCAAAGGAGAGGAGAGAACCAACUGAAUGCAAAGUACGAACUUCUGGAAGAGUGCGAUCGAAAGGGGGUUUUGUGUUGGGCCAGCUUAAGCCUCCUUGGAGGCAUUCUUUGGUAAAAUAAUUAACUCAAAACAAUCAGAGGCAGACAGUGAGUGCACCUUUAUCAAUAUGAGAACUUUGGAACGUUGCUAAAGGCAAAAGAGUUUUAUAUGGGCGCAUUCUUGAAAGUGAGUCCUUCCUCAAUAAGAUUUUUCUGUUGUGAUUUGAAUACUUCUAGGUUUUCUUAGGUCUGUUCAGCUGUCAUGUUCAAUUAUUCGGUAUCUUGUUGAGGCUGGACGGGCUGAUUUCAUUUGCUUCUACUCGCAGGCUGGCCCGGGAACCAAAGUGACAAAGUGGAACUAUUACCGACUAUAUAUACCUUCACCAUUUUACAUUCUUUCUUGUAUAAUGCAUUAUAUAUAAUCUUUGGUUUUUUUUUUUAGUAACUAGAAAUGCUCAUAUUUGGUUAUGUUAUAUAAAAAGGAUAAAGAGAAAUUUUUGAAGAGCUAAGGGAAAAUUUUGAAAUUUUUUGAAGGACUAAAUUUAGCUUUAUUUGCGAUUUUAUAAUCAAAUUUUGCUAUCUCCACUGUUACUACCAAAAAAAUGAACAAGUUGACUAAAUAAUAUGCAAAAUUUGGGGGUGUCCGGCCCUUCCAGCCCCCAAAUGACGUAUAAGUUUGAUUCACUUAUAUGAUUGUGUAUGUUGGAUUGUUUUGGCCUUAAUGAUGUCCAAUGUCUGGAAGCUGAAUUUUAGCCUCAUCUGUUGUAAUGUACUAAUGUGUACCAUGUAUUGACUAUAUUAGAUCUCCUUUGAUGGGUACUGCUGAAGUUUUUGCCUCAUUUGGGUAUAAGUUUGGUUCACUUCUAUGAUUGAGAGUCUGGAGUUUUUGGACUACUUUUGCCUUAGUGGUCGGUGUGUUGCUACAAUUACUGGCUAUUAUUCAUCAUGCAAUAGCACGGUAAUCUAGUUUGGCUUGAAAAUUGUGGUCAUAUGCUCUGUUCAGGCGCAUACUUCUCGAAAUCUGCAAUUUCUGGUGAUCAGAAUUAAGUAUUCUUUCGAAAGUGUGUACUAGUACCUUGCUAUUGGACAUUCAUGACUUAUUAUCCAUUGAGCUUUUCAAAUCCCAGUGUAACACAGGACUGUCUACUUGUGGGAUAUGAAGUUCUUCCUGUUGAAGUACAAGGAGUCUAUGAAUUUCUUAUGUGCACAGUGAUCCUUCAUUCCUGUUUGAACAAGGAAACAAAACAUAUUUAUGACUCUAUGCCACAUCUUACUUGUGCGACAGAAUAAGUACCGUCAUUUCCUGUGGAUAUCGGUUGCCAAGUGUCUCAAGAUGUUUGGUACAACUCGUUAAGCGCUUAAGACAAGUCUGCUUUUUUCACUAACAAGGUGAUCGGAAGAAGCUUAUAGACUGGAUAUUAUCUCACCGGGGAUCUAUGCUGUCUGUCCAUAACAUUCAGCUGGCGAACUUUCAUGGAAUUUCCCUCUCCCACCAAGGGCGAUGGAGAAUCAUAUAUCAGGGUGAAGUCUUAUGUCUCUUAUGAAUACAAAGAACUAGUUGAACUAGCAGUUCUGUAAUGUGAUCUCUAUGUUUCCAUCAUAAGCAUUAUUGACUCAUCCUCUUCAUGCUUCUCUAAGGAAAAGAUAUGUUCUUGUUUGAUCAUUUGUUUUCUCUGAAUCCAUUAACUCUUUCUUCUACCUUUGUGCAUGAAACAGAAAAAUGCCUGCAUCUUGAUGAAAUUGUUCUUAUUAGAAACUGUAUAAUUGUGCAUUUUGAAAAACAUAGUCUGAAUUCGGAGACGACAAUCAAUUUUUAAGAAAAGUAAAUAUGUAUCUCAGUUUUGAUGUUUGUUAUGUGAGGCUUGUGAGCCAUCUUGUUUUGAUAUGUAUGGCAGGUUUAAUACAGUGGUUUUGAUGUAAUUGUUAAGAAGAAUGGGAUGAUACAAGUGUGUGGACUCUAAAAAAAUGUGUGGUGAAAAAGGGCAUUGGGGCUCUACGUGGCGGUACCCCAAGACUACUGGACCUUCGCCAGUGGGAUGAAGUUUUUCUUUUGUUGGUGCAUGAACUCUUUCAUGGAACUCCUUCCGGGCCUACCAAAUGACGUCGCCCUUGAAUGCCUAAUUCGCAUUCCUCUUGACCAAAUCUCCCUGGCUGCCUCCGUAUGCAAAGGUUGGAAGGCCGAGAUUGAGCUGCCGGAGUUUCGUCGGAGUCGGAAAAAAGCCGGGUUUGUCCGAUCGGUCAUAGUGGUGGCACAAGCUUGGAUAUACCCGACCCGACCCGCCCACCUUGCAAUGCUUUCAGGGCCUCCUUUUUAUCGACUCGCUAUCUGCGACCCGAAAACUGAGUAUUGGUCUGAGUUGCCGCCGGUGCCAGGGUUUUUGGACGGGAUACCAAGGUUUUGCCACCUUGUCGGAGUUGGAUCGGAGCUGGUGGUGAUAGGCGGUUGCAAUCCAUUCUCGUGGCAGGUUUGCAAUUCGGUGUUUAUUUACAACUUCCUCUCUGCCACGUGGCGUUGUGGAACCGAUAUGCCAGGUGGGCAAAGAUUAUUCUCUGGAUGUGAUUCUGAUUUUGUUCAGAUGGUGUACGUUGCGGGUGGUCAUGACGAGGACAAGAACGCUUUGAAAUCUGCAUUGGCAUAUGAUGUGGUAAAAGAUGAAUGGAUCCAAUUGCCUGACAUGGCGAAACCACGAGAGGAGUGUAAAGGUGUUUUUCACCAUGGUAAGUUCCACGUCAUCGGUGGGUACCCCACUGAGAGCCAAGGCAGUUUCCAGCGAGAUGCCCAAGCGUUCGAUGUGGCCACUUGGCAGUGGGACUCGGUACAAGACGACUUCUUAGAAGCUGCCGCGUGUUCGACGACUUGCGUGGAGGGUGGUGAUUCGCGGCUGUACACUUGCCAUAACAACAAUGUGACUGUGCGUGAUGGUGCCGCUUGGCAAGUCCUAGCUGGACUACCAGCUGAGUUGUGCAACGUUGCUCACGUGGCAGCGUGGCAGGGGAAGUUGCUAGUGAUUGGUUCCGGAAGAUCUGGUGGGCCCCACACAGCCUAUGUGAUGGAUUUGAAGAAUUACAAGUGGACAAAAGUUGUUGUACCAGAAGAAUACUCGGGCCAUGUGCAAUCAGGUUGUUGCUUGGAGAUUUAAAAUCCAUAGGCCACAGCUAAACUUUUGUUUCUGUACAGAUAGAGAUGCACAAAUGUGGGCAACCCGCCAAGGCCUUUUCUUCUGGUAAUUAUUCAGUGCUUACGUAUGACGGUCUGAGGGUAAGUUUCACCUUUUUUGUGUGGUUCCAAGGGUUCUAAAUACGUUUUUAUCGAAUUACUGUGGAAGUUUUCCUCUUUUUCUUCUCAACCAAAUACUAGUCUAGAUCUAUUCAUGUGUUCAGAUUGUACCUCGGCUUACGAAUGAUUUUUCUUCUCUUUUUGCAUGAAGUUUUUUCAAAUAUAAUAGUGUAUGAAAAUUGUUGCGGUGCCCGACAUCAGGAGUAUCGAAUGAUACUAACGUGAUAAAUCAUUUUUUACCAAAAA